UGAUGUAUUAAUUGACAUAUCCAUCAUUUUUUAUUAUUUUUUGCGAAGAUAAUGUAUAUUUUUUUAGCAUAUUUACUAUAAGGACCUGCAAUAGAACAAUACUAAGUAUAAUAGAACACCAAUCACUCCGGACUCGUUGGAGAAUCCACAAAAUUGCCAUGCACGGAUCUCUGUCAUGAUAGUAGGGGUGAAUCUGCAAGUAACUUGGACAGGUCUGGCAACUAUCCCAAUAUGUCAAAACUGAAAGACAAGAGAGAGAGUGUAAAACGGCCCUCUGUGUCGGAUAAGUCACUAUAUGAAAACCUCAUGAGGAAGUUUUCCGAGAACCACAAAGAAGAAUGCAAGUCUAUGACAGUGGACAUACCGAAGGUGGUUCGCCGGGUCAAGGAGUUCCCCACAGGCUCUCAAUACGAUGGCACGUGGGAUGUACUGGGCAUGAGCGGUGUAGGCACUUACACGUUUCCAAACGGUGUAAUUUAUCAAGGAGGGUUCGAUGAUGGCAUGUUCCACGGAGAAGGUGACCUGAUAUACCCCUCAGGAGAAAUACUAUCAGCUAAUUUCGAUCAUGGAACUGUUGUGGAGCGAACGCUCAUGUUUGAUGACGGCUUGGAGUAUACUGAAAAUGACUGGAUGUAUUGCCAGAUGCCAGACAGAAGAUACACCAUAGAAUAUGAGAAAGGACUGAAACCAGUGGACCUAUGCAACGUGACACCGGAGCAACCUCCCAGAGACAUACCGCCGGGCUACUAUGACACCGGAGACGGCUUCUACGACCCUAUUACCAAAGUUAUAUACAAAGUAGAUGAUCUCAGUGCCAUAAUAAGAUCCCCAUCAGCGCAUGAGCAAAGGUGGAUUAUAGAGAACUGCCGCACCGCUCCGACGGAACAGACAGGGCCCCGGACAGACUUGUACGAAGAUUGGAUCGAACCCGAAAUUGAAGCGGUGGAACCCCCCCUCCCCGCAGCCGUCUCCAGGGCCUGCAUGUACAUGUUUGCAGAACCAGAUUCCGAGGAAAGCCUUCACACUGACAGUGAGGAUGUAGUACAUCAUUGGCAAGAUGCAUUGGACGACUCUGACGAAACUCCAUGGCGUCACCUUAAAUUCCAACCAUCAAGGGAAAUUCAACAUAUAACCAAACUAUUCAAAAAUACUGAUUACGAAGAGGAAACUGAAGAAAAAGGUGAAAGAAUAACAAAAAUUAAAAUAUAAUUUACAAGUUUUAUACACAAUUUUUACGGUUCUUUGACAUUUUUAAUGAUUAAAAAAUGAAAAUAUUGAUUUAUUGCAUAUCAUUUGAUACUUUUUACAAGAUAUGUAUUCAGGUUGUUCACGUUUUAAAUAAACAAUUUCUAUUUAA